CAUGUUUGUGUGUUUGUGUGCAGGGCUGUCAUGCGUAUGUAUUUAUAUUUUUUGUUUUUUGUUUUUUUGGCAUGGACACGGCGGAUUCUCCGACAAAAACGCAAGCGAGCGACGAUGAAAACUACAAUUUGCUGCGCCAGGCCCACGAACAGUUCAACAAUGGCGCCUUUGAGCGCUGUUUGGAGCUGCUGCAGCAGCUGGAGACAAAGGGCGAGAAUAGCGGCUUAAUUUUGCGACACAAUCGUGCUGUGGUCAAUUACUACAUAUCCGGUUGCAUGCAACAUCAGACGCUGCUGCAGGAGCUCGAGCAGCUGGUGGACGCAAAAGCAAAACCGACGACGCCGGCAACUGUGGAGCAGCCAACGGUUGUAGGUGGCGGAGGAUUGUCGCUGAAGCAUGCGGGUAGCGCAAUAACCGUGGCCCGCUACAAUAAGGCCGUCAUCUACUACCAUCGGCAUAUGUAUGGAACGGCGCUGGAGCGACUGGCGCCACUGGUUGGCCGACUGGAGGCGCUGGAGAAACAAAUGUCGGCGCUGGUUGCCACGCUGCAGUUGCAGCUGCUGCUCGCCACCAAUCAGCUGAAUCGCGCCGAGGCAUUUCUCGAAUAUUUGCAGUACAAGCUUAAUUUGGUGGCCAGUGCACCCAGUCCAAGUCCAACAGGCAGCCCCGAGGAGGCAGCUGCUGCUGCUGCUGCUGCUGUGGCUGCAACACCAGUGCUGGAGGCAAGUGUGCCACGCGUGGCCGGCGAGUGCGCUGGCACAUUGCAGCUGCUGCAACUGCUGACGCACGUGCUCAAUCGCAAGCCGGUGGUCAUCACCGAGGAUGGCACACCGCAGUUUGCGGCACUCAAGGCGCAACAGUACUACAUCAUGAAGGACUUCCAAAUGGCCGCCAAGCAGCUGAUGCGCAUCAACGACGAGUGCACCCAGGCGGGCAACAUUACGCCGCAGCUGAGCACUUGUAUUGCCAACAACAUGGGCGUGAUUCAUUUGCGUGUCCGCCACUAUGCGAUUGCGGCCAAGUUCUUUCAAAAUGCGCUGCGCUUUGAUCAGCAGCUGGCUGCCAAUUUGCGAAAGAGCUCGCUGCAGACGAUGAGUUCGGCUCGCUCGUGCGAGAUUAUGUAUAAUCUGGGCAUUGCCAUGCUCCAUCUGCGCCGCUCCAAGGAGGCGUUCCACUGUCUGUUGGUGCCCGUCAAGCAAUAUCACAGCAAUCCACGUCUCUGGUUCCGCAUGGCCGAAGCCUGCAUCAUGGAGCACGAAUCGCAGAAACUAUUGGGCAAGGACUCUCUCCUGAACUCAGCGGACGCCAAGCCAUAUGGCAGCGCUCACUCGACGGCAGUGCCAGAGCCGACGCUGGAAUUUGCGGCAUUGUGUUUGCGGAGCGCUCUGACCCUGGCUCUGCAGCACAAGGCCAGUUUCUAUAUGGCUGCCUCGGCGGAGGACACACUGGAGCCGAAGGAUGCCGCGCAGCAGCUGUGGAGUCAGCAGCAGGACAAUAAUUUUUGCAACCCAUCGAAACCGAUUAGCUUAGAGUCACUGGACAAUAUGCUCGCUGCGAUUUAUGCGGCGCACAGCUUUGUCUCGCUCCGAUUAGGUGAUCAUGUCACCGCCCUGGAAAUGGCCAAGCAGCUGCUCCAAAGCGAACGUCUCUCCGAUGCGCACAGAUUGCUGGGGCACAUGUAUGCGGGCGAGGCGCUGAUGAUGAUGGAGAAGCCGGCCGAGGCACGUGACCAUCUGGAGCCGACAUUUGUCAGCACGCUGAAUGCACUGGAGCUGGAGACACGCGACUGGCAGCUGAAAUCCCUGGACGCCGCUCAGAACGUUGUUCGUUACAAUUUAUCCGUUGCGUUGGCCCUGCAGAACGACUUUCAGGCAGCCAAGGGCCUCCUGGCCACGCUUACCCACCCGAUUGUGAGCAAAAAGUCACAGAUUUUGCAUCGUUACAUUGAGUUGAAAAAGAGUGCCGCCGGUUCACCCAAUUAGACAACAAAUUGUGUAAAUAGCAUAGACGGAUUCAAUAAGGAAACCAAUGCGGGUUGUAAAUAUAUGUGUAGAUGAACCACUGACAGACAAAACUGUUAACACAA